ACUUUCUUGGAUUUUUUUUGACACCCCUCCCCCCGUGAAACCGCUGCAGCAAUCAGCAGCUCGCAGGCCCGGCGAUCGGAUCUGGAGGGCGGUGCAGGAACAGCAGAAAGGUGGCAACCCUAUUAUCAGCGCUCAGUUCUGCACUCAGACCUACACACACACACACACACACACACACAGUGCUGGCAGGAAGUGUGUGCCGGAACCCAACUAACUUGUUGGCUUUCACCUACAAUUGGGAAAGGAGGAAUCAAACCCCAUAACCCUCUGAGGCAAGGACAUGGGAGAGGUGGCCGACGGCUAACUCUUAAGCCAGGCUGACCCAAAAAUGUUGCACUAGGUGGAGAGUCAGGAGCAUUUCUCAAGUCACCAUGCUGCCUGGCGUCGGUGUGUUUGGCACCAGUUUGACGACCAGGGUCAUCAUCCCUCUGCUCCAGAGCCAAGGCUUCCCAGUGAAAGCUCUGUGGGGGAGGACGCCUGAAGAAGCGGAGGAACUGGCGAAGGAGAUGGAUGUCCCUUUCUAUACUAACAGGAUCGAUGAUGUCUUGCUGCACCAGGAUGUCGAUCUGGUCUGCAUCAACCUGCCACCUCCGCUGACUCGCCAGAUCGCUGUCAAGACCCUAGGAAUUGGGAAAAAUGUCAUCUGUGACAGAGCUGCAACUCCUCUGGAUGCGUUUAGGAUGAUGUCAGCAGCACAUUAUUAUCCCAAACUCAUGAGUAUAAUGGGUAAUGUUCUCCGUUUCCUCCCUGCUUUUGUUAAGAUGAAGCAAAUGAUUCAAGAGGGGUAUGUGGGGGACUUAUUGAUCUGUGAGGUCCAGGUUCACAGUGGAAGUCUUUUGGGCAAGAAAUACAACUGGAGCUGUGAUGACCUGAUGGGGGGUGGAGGGCUACAUUCAGUUGGAAGCUACAUUAUUGACCUUUUGACUUUUCUGACCAGCCAAAAAGCUGCCAAAGUCCAUGGCUUCCUGAAAACUUUUGUGAAGCAGACAGAGCAUAUCAGAGGGAUCCGUCAGAUCACUAGUGAUGACUUCUGCACCUUUCAGAUGGUUUUAGAAGGUGGCGUGUGCUGUACUGUGACUUUGAAUUUCAAUGUCCCUGGGGAUUUUAAACAAGAAAUCAUUGUGGUGGGGUCCACUGGUCGAUUAAUGGUAAAUGGUAGCGACUUGUAUGGACAAAGAAAUAGUGCAUCUCAAAAGGAAUUGAUUUUAGAAGACUCAACACCUGCACAGAACUUUACAGAACUGGAGCACAUGACAGUGAACACAGAGGUCUACUAUUUUUAUAAAAGCCCUGAAGAAGGGUCAAAUGGACUCAAAACAUUAACUCUGUUUCUCUUUCCACAAAUGCUGUCAGACCUGCUAAGUUUUUCCAGCAUUUUAUGUUUUUAUUAUGAUUUAUUAUUUUUGGCUGACAAAAAAUCGAGUCAGUCACAAGUCACAGGUGUGAACCUUUGUACAUGGAUUUCUUGUGUGUGUUGCCAUUGUACAAAGCUCUGUACCAGGAGUGCUAAAUCAUAAAGCUUACCCCUCAAAGAUAAAUCUUUUUAAAAAUCAUAACAUUUUGCAGCCAGCCGGCUGCACAUCUGACUUAACAAUUCACUAUGCAAUACAUUUGUAAUCUAAAUUGCUUUCGCAGUGGAGUGACAGAAGUUUGUAGAUUUUCUGGUGCUUGACUAGGGAACAUUAUUGGUGAACAGUUGAGAGUAGGUUUCCAGGUUACCUUUUCAAAAGGUGCAUAUUAUGGGGGAACCCAGAGGAGGAAAGGAUACAGUGGGGAAUUAAAAAAUGAAAACUGCAUUUUGAAAAAAAAAGAUUUGUUAAAUGCUACAUGGUAUGUUAUAUAAUUCUGUACAAUAGUGUUGUCGUUAUGUUACUGAACUAGUAAUCCAAAGCCGGGCUAAUAAAUCAGAGAAUGAGUGCUCAAAUCCCACCUUGGCAGCUUGAAAAUUCAGAUUAAAACAAAAUCUAGAAAUAAAAAAAAUGCAAAAGUGUCCAGGAAGUUCUCUGAUUGUCAUAAAAACACAAUGGUUCACUAAUAUGUACAGAAGGGAAUCUGGCUGAUUGGUGGAGGACUGGAGUCACCUAUGUGAUUAACUCUUAACUGCCACUCAGUUGGGCUAUCAGAGGUUCAAGAAGAAUGGCCACCACCUUCUCAGGGGCAACCGGGUAUCGACACUAAAUGCCAACUUUUUCCACAUCCCAAGAAGAAUAAAAAGACCAUGCAUGCUGGUGCUGUUUUCCCCAUUAUAUGCUGCAUAAUUUCUUAAGCUGCAACACAAAUAUUAAGCCAGGCUGGGGUAUGUAAACAGAAGUUACAAAUAGGCAAGGCUCACUGGUGCGUAAGCUGUGUCAUAAACUGGCCAAAAGGUGAACGUCCCAUUCUUCAUUGACAUUUGCAUCUACGUUUCCCCAAGUGAUAAACUGUCAGUCUCAUUUGGGCUAUUAGGCAAACCACUGAGCAAUGGAGUCAAAAAUAAUCAGCAAGCAUGGGUUCUACUCAGGUCCAUACUCAAUACUUCUUGUACAUUCUGCAGCAAGUAAGGUUUUUUUUAUUCUUUCAUGAGAUGUGAACAUCACUGGCAAGGCCAGCAGUUGUUGCCCAUCCCUAAUUGAUUUUGAGAUAGUGAUGGUCAUAAGUCAUUUGACUAUCCCCUCUGCCAAAGUCCAGGGUGUAUCAAAAGAGGAUAAAAUAAUUCUCAAAGUUUAAAUCUGUAAUUAAAUUUAAAUUGUUAUGGGAUUGAAGAGCAAAACUUUUAAAAUCCAAUCCUUGUAACCCUUGUCAACAAAGGCUUUUAAUGCUAUCAUAAAAAGAACGCUAAUGAGAUAGUUUUCAUUACAGAAGAUAUUUUUCUUCCUUCUAAAGGACAUUUUAAAAAUCUUAUGUUUCAGAAAUUUACAGAAUGAGAUAUUUGGAACUGAAACAGUGCAAUUUAAUUUGAGUUUACAUGAUGGAGCUACUAGUAUGCUAGAAUAGUUUCAAUGUGUCUCCCUCCCCUCCACACAAUGCUGGGAAUGUGCAUUGUGGUAGCUUUCCACCAAGAUACAGUGAAGAAACCAUGUAACUCUCUCUCCAACCCCACCCCCUGCCAGCCCUCCUUCACUGUCUGGCACUGAGAAGGUGUUGCUGGCAAUCAUGAGGAAGCAUGUGUGAAUAGGUGCCAGGAAACAUUAGGCAGAGUGACACUGAAGAUUCCUCGAGUCCAAACACAGCAGUUCUAAGAUAGAAAAAGUGUUUUAUGCAACCUUGUUCCAGAGGAGGCAAAAAUAGCAGUAAAUGAAAUCCAUACGACUGCAGGGCAGGAGUCAGUAAAACAACCUAAUUUUAUUUUUUAAAAUAUACACUUUGAAAUGUUUUGAACACCUAACAGGAUCCCAGAAACAUUCUUUAUAUAAACAAAGAGGCCUAAAAUAGCAUCACAGGCAGAUCCUGUCAAUUUGUAAUGCUUAUUCUAGUCAAAAGUAACUUCUUGUUCCAUGGUGAAAAUAUUACUCUACAUCUUACAAACUGUGUGAAGUAAAUUUCAUGCUUGGGUUAAAGAUACACCUUGUUGAAAAAUAACAAGUAUAGAUUUUUUAGAUGCUGAUCCUAUCAUUUGGAAUUUCAGGUUUAUCUUUUAAAGGAUUGCUGUGUAGUUGCAGUGGAAAUCUCUAUAAUUCUUCUGCUUUGUUGGACCACAAAAAAUACAAAGGGCAUGAUCUUUUCCCAGAUGCUUUGAUGUUGUGAUAGCACAAAAAUCCAAAAAUGCCAUCUAUGUGAUUUCACCCGCCUUUCAGCACUGGUGCAUUUGGAAGGUACAAGUAGGAGUAAUUUUAAUAAGCUGUGCUCCCACCAUGGAGUUUCGCCCAUCAUGAGCAUGUAUCAAGAAGCCAGCAAAAAAAAAAUUAUGGGAAGGAGCCCCGAUGUUUGCUUCCAGUUAAGGGUAAAAAUUGCCCUAUCAUUCUGAAAUAAAUUAGAAAGAGCUAAAAUUACCUACUUUGGCCAGUCCGUACACGAAAGACACAUGCAAUCAAAAGCUAAAAAGCCAUAAAGUUGGUAAGUACCCUGUAAGAAUUUAUUUUCAUUUGGAUAGCAGUGUAGAACAUAAGAAUCCAUUACAGGAUGCAAAUCAGAUUAAGAAGUAGGCCCAACACUGGCAUCAUGGCAGAGGAAACCAGUUCUCCGUAGGAGAACAUAUUAUUGGUGGCUGGGAGCUAUCAAAAAAAGUUAAGAACAAUUUCUUUUGAAAUAUGGCAGUAUUUUUUACAUCAAAACUUUCAUUUGUGUAUGAUAAUGCAACUUUGUACAAUGAAUUGUUUGAGGAGGUAAACACAAAUAAUUGGGCUGAAAUUGCUGCCAAAAAGAUGUUAUAUCUCCAUGGGAUGUUAUAGAUGAGAAAGGCAAAGUUGUAAGUGAUUAGCAAAAGACCCAGAGGAGACAUGAGGAAAACUUUUUUGUGCAGUGAGUGCCUGGGAUUUGGAAUACACUGUCUGGUAAGAUGGUGGAUACAGAUUCAGAAGGAAAUUGUAUAAAUAAUUAAAGGAGAAAAAUCACAAGGAUCAUGGGGAAAUUGUAUAUGAUAAGCAAUACUUAAAGGUGUGCAAUAAUAUAAAGGACAUUAGUGUUGGGGUGACAGCAACACAGUAUUUCAUGCCACUCCUAUUUAAAUUUGGCUGGCUUUGACUCAGAGUGAGUAUAAAAGGACAAAUUUAUACUUGUUACCAGAAUUAUUAAUGCAAGUAAUGCAAAUGGAGCAGAACAAAGCCAACCCUUUUCCCUCCUUGCAUCUCACUUAUCCAAAUUAAUCCAAAAUACAUUUCAAAGACUUAGAUCUGGAUUCACUGAGAUAGGAUCAAAACAUAAGUCCCAACUGAGGCUGAAUCAUUUGUUUCUAAGACAAAAAUGUCAAUUUCCUAACAUAUGCAGCUACGUACUAUUUACAAUACACAAUCAUAUAAGAAAAACAAAAAAUAUUUGUAAAACAAGCAAUUUAUGAUAAAAGCAAUGGCUAGAUUAGGACAUUAAAUAAACUUGUUUUAGUUUUUUUAAAACAUCUUUUAGUUGGAUUGAAUGAGAAAUAAUAUGCUCACUCAGACUGCUGUCAGCAUUUGUACUUGAAAUUAAAUGUUGCUGAUAAGAUGUGAAUUAAUAAUUAUUACUAAUUAUUAAUAAUUAUUACUGUUCUUUUAAUGGUUUUUGAAAUGGUAGAUAUAUGUACAGAGGAGACUUGUCUGUCAAUUAUUUGUGUUAUUUAUGGUAAUGUAUUUUUAGCAUGAAUAUCUGUAUAUAUGCAGAAAAAUAUUUAUCAAGGUAAAAAUUCAAGUACUAUAAACUAUAUAAAGUUUAUAUUUUAUAUAAUAGAUAGGACAGGCAAAAACAUACUUGGUUUGUUAAAAUAAAUGUUCUUAUUUAAAAUAUGCACAAAACAAUUGGACCUUAAGAUCCUAGUACUGUGAAGAGGGUUAAAGAGGUUUACCGUAAGCUUACUGUGUAUGUUGGUCUCUGCUUGUUAGAUGUAGUUUGUGUUGUUUAUUUGGAAUAAUAAAUUGUGAUGCUUUUUUGUCUGAGCUUUCUCGUAUGUACAACUAGUAAUAUGCAAAUGACUCUGUGUGCACUGUCAUAUUCUGUUAUUGAUUUUACUUUUAUCCAACUGAGUUUAUUAGUUUUCUAAUGCUACAUGCCCUCAUUUGCAACUUAAGGAAUACGCACAUUGAAAGGGUUACCAGAAAUUGUGUUAUGUACUUCUGAAGAGGGUGCAAUAAUUGUAUUAAAACCUAAAUUUUACAAGUUGUUUGUAUCUUUAGGACAUUAAUUGCCUUAUGGAACAUAGUUACAGAUAAUUUCAAGUCUGAUAUGUAGCUAUAGACAAAUUCUAGUAAAAUGAGCACAAUUUCAUCGAUUGCCUAUCAAUAGUUCAUUAUACUGAAGUAGCUCAGAGAGUACCUGCGAUUCAAUAGGCUACAUGUAUACUAUGUAGAGGUGUACUUUUAAAAAGUAUUCCUAGUGGUGGAAUGUAUAAUACUCCUAUUUUUUGUAAUGACAGCAUGAAGCAUUACUCGGUCGUAUAUUGUGUGAUCAGUGACAAAGUUAGAACAAUACGUUCUCCUCUGAUAAUGAUAAAAAGAAUUAAAAGAAUCUUUAUUUCAA